AUGGGGGGCCUGAGCCCGGUCAGUGUCUCAGCUCCCGGGGAGCCGGGCCCUUCCCGCUGCAAUUCCCAAUCCCAAUCCCAGUCCCAUUCCCAAUCUCAUCCCCAUUCCCAAUUCCAGUCCAGUCCAACUGUGGGUUCCUACUGUCAUCAGAAUUCAGAAACCAAAACCUAUCGGAAUCCACUUUCUCAAUCCCAUUCCCAUUGGAAUCCGAAUUCCCAAUUCCGUUGUGUGAAUACUCGGCCUCUGACAACAGAGCGGAAAACUGUGCGGAUUGGUUGUGCAUCCGGAUUUUGGGGGGACACUGCGACUUCGGUUCCACAGCUGGUGUUUGGUGGAAACCUGGAUUUUCUGGUGUUUGAUUACCUGUCUGAAAUCACCAUGUCAUUGCUCGCUGCUGCUAAAGCCAAAUCUUCUAAUCAUGGAUACGUGCCAGAUUUUGUGGAGGUUGCUAUGGUCCCAUUUAUUAAGGAUAUUCAUAAAAGAGGUAUCCGUGUAGUCUGCAAUGCUGGAGGUGUGAAUCCUCACGCUUGUGCUGCGGCUCUGCAGCAGGUCGUGAAGAAAGCAGAUCUGGACUUGAAGAUUGGAGUCGUGACAGGAGAUGAUUUAAUGUUGAUGAAAGAUUUGCUGGAACAAGCAGGCAUUACCGACAUGGACAAUGGAAGUCCUUUCCCUGCAAGUGUUCAAAGUAUGAAUGCAUACUUAGGUGCCCGACCAAUCAGCAGAGCUCUGGAUCUUGGAGCUAACAUAGUCGUAACUGGCAGAUGCAUCGACAGUGGCAUUGCUCUGGGACCACUUAUUCAUUCUUUUGGCUGGAAGCAAAAUGAGUUUGAUCUGUUGGCUGCUGGAAGUCUUGCAGGUCAUCUGAUAGAGUGUGGAGCCCAGUCUACAGGUGGAGUAUUUACUGAUUGGCACCGAGUUCCUGACUGGGAUAACAUUGGUUUUCCAGUGGUUGAGUGUUCCUCUGAUGGAAGUUUUGUCCUUUCUAAACCACCUAAAACUGGAGGAUUGGUUUCAUUUGGUACUGUUGCCGAGCAGCUUGUUUAUGAAAUCGGUGAUCCCCGGCGUUACCAAUUGCCUGAUGUCAUCUGUGAUUUCUCCCAGGUCACCCUAUCUGAAGUGCCAGAUGUAGAAGGUGGAGCAGUACGUGUUCAGGGAGCAAGGGGAUUGCCUCCAUCUGACAAUUACAAGGUUUGUGCUACAUAUUUAGAUGGGUACCGAGCCACAGCUGUCUGCCCAGUUGGAGGAUCACGAGCUGUCGAAAAGGGAAGAAGAACAGCAGAGAAUAUUUUGAAGAGGGUGCGACGCAUAUUCAAACAGAUGGGUUUGGAUGACUUCAAAUCAGUUAAUGUUCAGAUUUUGGGAUCUGAAGAAAUCUAUGGAAAGCAAGCAGUAAAGAAGGCAGGUAAUUCUCGUGAAGCUGUUAUAUGGCUGGCUGUUCAUCACAUGCAAAAGAAAGCCCUGGAAAUCUUUUCCCGUGAAAUUGCACCAGCUGGUACUGGAAUGGCACCAGGUCUAACUGGAAUUGUUGGAGGAAGACCCAAGGUGUCUCCUGUACUGAAGCCAUUCUUCUUCUUACAUCCAAAACAGAACGUUGUGAUUGAUAUAUUUCUGGAUGGAAAGCAUGUUGAAAUAUUUAAAGAGGACUUGAACUAUCCACCAUUACCUCCUUUAGAGAAAGAUGUAGAACAGAAUGAGGAUGACCUAAAAGAUUUACCAUCUGGCCCUUGCAAUUAUCGAUUAGAAGAACUAGCCUACACGAGAAGUGGUGACAAAGGCAACACUGUCAAUAUAGGAGUCAUAGCUCGGCACCCUCUCUAUUAUCCUUAUCUACGGAAAGCUGUGACUGCCAAGGCUGUCGAAAUCUAUUUCCAACACCUAAUACAGAGCGAAGAUUCUGACACAAGGAUGGUAACAAGAUUUGACCUUCCAGGUAUCCAGGGAUUAAAUUUUGUGCUGAGAAAUUCUUUAGGUGGAGGAGGCAUAGCAUCUUUAAGGAGUGAUCCCCAGGGCAAAGCAUAUGGACAGAUGCUACUGGACUUUCAACUGAAACACGUUCCUGAUCUGAAGACUCUAAUAGAUGAAUAGCUGAGAUCUAGGAUGUCGGGAGAUUGUGGGAGUUCCUGCUGCAGUCCUACGUGAUGGUGCACCCUGUACAAAGAUACCAAUGCUGUGCCUUCACUUUUAUUUUCUCUGCAGAUAGAGAGAACAAGCGGAUUUUUUUAAAGUAUCAGUUUUGUCACUUUUAAACUUUCUUUGACUAUCUUGACACUUUACUCAACAUUAAUUAAGUUUGUUUGUCUAUUAAUAAUUAAGUUGCGAAUUAAAUGGCGAAUCAAUUUCUUUAUAUGGGAUUUGCACUCUGUGUUUAAGUAAAUCGAGUUUGCAGAUGCCUUGUUAAAACGUUGCCACUGUCAGGCCUAAUGAACAAACAUGCCUUUGUAUUUUCUGUAAAUUACCUUAACAAUUGCAAAUUAAUGAAUUUAAAUAACAGAUUGAAAGCUACAAAACACCUAAAAUAAGGUACAGAAGCCUGUUAUGGACAAGAUGCUAUUGGUGGCAUUGUAAUUGUAGUCGGUCAGUUGAAAAGGCGGGUUUCACAGAAGACAGAAUGAGUGAGAUGAUUUUUUAAAUCGGGUUCCGUGCCCACAAGGCCAUUUCUGUCUUAAUAAAGUCACAUUUGAAUUUAGAUUCAAUGCACUGUAAAUAGACAUAUUUAAUAAAGGUGAUUCUAAUUGUA